CUUUAGGAAUAUCAAGUCCAGCGAACUGUAAACUAGCAUUUUACCCUGUCAGUCGAAAAGUCUCCUUUUAUCAAAAAGAUCGUCAACAAGACCUUCUUCUUCUUCGACCUUUUACAAAACUUUGGGCUCUGAGAUCCGUUUGUCUUCUUCAAAAUGACGAUUCUGUCCUUCCUUAGCAGAGCUUCAAGAGCAUACAAAGAGUACCCUGCUUACUCUAAGCUUCUGGUCCUCUGCACUCUCAGUAGUGGAGGUCUUUUGGCUUACUCAGAAUCAGGACCUGACACUGGCACUGCUGGUGUUGAAACGGAUCAAAAGCUGCCCAAGAAAAAGAGGGUGUUGGUACUUGGAACGGGAUGGGCUGGUACUAGUUUCCUUAAGCACGUGGACGCUACGUUGUACGAUGUUCAGGUUGUUUCACCCCGGAACUAUUUUGCAUUUACUCCUUUGUUACCCAGUGUCACAUGUGGCACCGUUGAAGCACGAAGCAUUGUGGAGCCAAUUCGAAAUAUUGUGAAGAAGAGAAGAGGGGAAAUUCAAUUCUGGGAGGCAGAAUGUGUUAAGAUUGAUGCGGCAAACAAAAAAGUUCUAUGUCAAUCAAAUAUUGACAACGACUUGUUGCAAAAGGGAGAAUUCUUUCUGGAGUAUGACUACUUGGUCAUCGCAUUAGGAGCCCAAGUAAAUACUUUUAACACUCCUGGUGUCGCGGAGAACUGCCACUUUCUGAAGGAAAUAGAGGAUGCUCAGAAGAUCCGUAGGAGUGUGAUAGAUUGCUUUGAAACGGCUGUACUUCCUGGUGUCAGUGAAGAUGAGAGAAGAAGAUAUCUUCAUUUUGUAAUUGUUGGAGGGGGUCCAACAGGUGUAGAAUUUGCUGCAGAGUUGCACGACUUUUUCGAUGAAGAUUUGGUCAAAUUAUAUCCGACAGUUAAAGAUCUAGUGAAAAUAACAGUGAUUCAAUCAGGAGAUCACAUCUUGAACAUGUUUGAUGGAAGGAUUAGUUCAUUUGCUGAGCAGAAAUUUAAAAGAGAUGGCAUUGAAGUUCAAACGGGAUGCCGCGUUGUCAGUGUCUCUGACAAGGAGAUUAAAAUGAAGGUGAAGUCAAAGGGAGAAGUUUCCUCCAUGCCCCAUGGAUUGGUUGUAUGGUCAACUGGAGUGGGGACUCGUCCAGUUGUAAGGGACCUUAUGGAGCAAAUUGGACAGGCUAAUAGACAUGUUCUAGCAACUGAUGAAUGGCUCCGAGUAAAGGGAUGUGAAGAUGCCUAUGCCAUUGGUGACUGUGCUACAAUAGAUCAGCGUAAAAUCAGGGAAGAUAUCUCAAGCAUAUUUAAAGCUGCAGACAAGAACAACUCUGGUACCUUAACUGUUCAAGAGCUCCGAGAUGUAAUAGAUGACAUCCGCAUAAGAUAUCCUCAAGUGGAUCUCUAUCUACAAAGCAAGCAUCUGAUUGAUGUGACAGAUCUGUUGAAAGAUGAUCAGGGGAAUGAUAGGAAAGAAGUGGAUAUUGAAGGAUUUAAGUUAGCCCUUUCUCAUGCAGAUUCGCAGAUGAAGAGCUUGCCUGCCACCGCACAGGUUGCUGCUCAACAGGGUGCAUAUCUUUCAAGGUGCUUUAACCGCUGGCAGCAGUGCGAAGAGCUUCCAGAAGGUCCUCGACGUUUUACAGGUUCUGGGUAUCAUCAGUUUCUUCCUUUUAGGUACAAGCAUUUUGGGCAAUUUGCUCCUUUAGGAGGAGAGCAGGCAGCUGCAGAGCUACCCGGAGACUGGGUUUCAGUAGGUCAUAGUACUCAGUGGCUCUGGUAUUCUGUAUAUGCAAGCAAGCAAGUGAGCUGGCGGACAAGGCUUCUGGUUGUAUCUGAUUGGACAAGAAGAUUCAUUUUUGGAAGAGAUUCAAGCCGUAUUUGAGGCAACAAAUGGGAGGCCUAUAAAUAAUAUCUGCUGUACCAGUUGCUGAUGCAGUUUAUUUAUUCACCUAACACGUACGUAUAUAUGCUUGUGAUUUUCAGUGUUUAUAUUUUCAAUGAUUGAUAGAUACUUGGACACCAUGUCCAGAUUGCAUGCAAUGCAUUGCAGACUGAGAGCAGCAUCAUGCGUAAUAAUUUAGCACCUCCUGUCUCAUUUGGUUA